GUGAUAAUCUUGAAAACAAACACUUGUUGGUUUCUCUAUCUUUUCCCCCACAGAUUUUUUUUUGUUUGUUUUCUGAAUUAGGGUUUCCAAAUCAUUCCUCUCAUUGUUCUCCUCCUUCGCGAUUUCACCAGAAACAGAGCCAAAACGCUUCACCUCUCUCUCCCUCUCUCCGUAGGAGGAUACAUACAUUUAUAAAUAUGGAUGGUACAGAGGAUGCUUCUCCACUUCAUGAGCCUCCUGACCCUGAAGUCCUCGAAGUUGAUCCUACUUUUCGUUAUAUUCGGUAUAAAGAGGUUAUUGGAAAAGGCGCUUUCAAAACAGUUUACAAGGCUUUCGAUGAAGUUGAUGGGAUUGAAGUUGCGUGGAACCAAGUUCGGAUUGAUGAUGUUUUGCAAUCUCCAAACUCGUUGGAGAGGCUUUACUCUGAAGUGCGUCUUUUGAAAUCGUUGAAGCACAGUAAUAUCAUUAGGUUUUACAACUCGUGGAUUGAUGAUAAGAACAAGACUGUUAACAUCAUUACUGAGCUUUUCACUUCAGGGAGUCUCAGGCAUUACCGCAAGAAACACAGAAAGGUGAAUAUGAAGGCUGUCAAGUGUUGGGCGAGACAGAUUUUAAUGGGUUUGAGAUAUCUUCAUGGUCAAGAGCCGCCAAUUAUACAUCGUGAUCUCAAGUGUGAUAACAUCUUUAUCAAUGGGAACCAUGGAGAAGUGAAGAUAGGAGAUCUUGGCCUAGCCACUGUCAUGGAGCAAGCUAAUGCCAAGAGUGUCAUUGGAACCCCAGAGUUUAUGGCACCUGAGCUUUACGAUGAGAACUACAACGAGCUGGCUGAUAUCUAUUCAUUUGGGAUGUGUAUGUUGGAGAUGGUGACAUUUGAGUAUCCAUACUGUGAGUGCAGAAACUCUGCUCAGAUAUACAAAAAAGUCUCAUCGGGAAUAAAACCAGCCUCACUCUCUAGGGUUCAAGACCCAGAGGUAAAGCAGUUUAUUGAGAAAUGCUUACUUCCUGCAGCCGAGAGGUUAUCAGCAAAGGAGCUUUUAUUGGACCCUUUUCUUCAAGUGAAUGGUUUAACGAUGAACAACCCUCUGCCACUUCCAGACAUUGUAAUGCCUAAAGAAGGUGCGUUUGGAGAGCGUUGCCUUAUGUCUGAAGGCCCUCCUGCUACUCGGCCUAGUAGACCCAUGUCUAUGGAUCUCGAUGACGACAAUAACCUGCCCAUUGUUACUUUUAGCGACAACUCUGGAUCAAGGUGUAUUGAGGUUAGACGCGCAAAGAGAGGGAACUUCUUUGUUCUCAAGGGUGAAGAAAACGAUGAACAGUCUGUCUCGCUGAUUCUUCGUAUAGUAGAUGAGAAUGGACGAGUGAGGAACAUUCAUUUCCUGUUCUAUCAAGAAGGUGACACUGCUUCAAAAGUGUCGAGUGAGAUGGUUGAGCAACUCGAGUUAACUGACCAGAACGUCACGUUUAUAGCGGAGCUGAUCGAUAUAUUGCUUGUCAACAUGAUACCCACGUGGAAAACUGAUGUCACGGUAGAUCAUCUCAUCCAUUCGCAACUGAAUCAGAGCUCAAGAAGUCAUCAGAGCGAAGCUAAUAAGCCACAGAGCCAAGAGGAGAGUGCUUUUCAUGAUGCUUGUGAGUCGGUAAGACACUCUUGGACCUCGGAUUGCCCACGAUCAGAAGAGGAAGAGAAGCAGUAUGUGGAUGCCAUUAAAGGAGAAAACGGGAGUGACAAUCAAGAAGCAGAGGAGGCAACGGAACCAGUGGGUUUGGAGGAAGAAGAGAGGUUGAGACAGGAACUGGAGGAGAUAGAAGCUAAGUAUCAAGAAGAGAUGAAAGAGAUAGCAAAGAAGAGAGAAGAAGCAAUAAUGGAGACGAAGAGAAAGUUGUGUCAGAAGAAGGUAGAACAAGUAGUUUAAAAACAUACAACAAAGACAUCAUUGGUGGGUUUUUUUUUACUUUUGAUUUUCUGAGUUAAGAACAAGCACUUCGCUCUCCCUGAAAGUGUAGAAAAGGUUCCUACAGUGUGAAGAGUUACUCAUCGUUUUUUGUUGUUUCUUGGUUGAAGCUUUUUUAUUUGAUCAAAUGAUGUUCGAACAUGUAAGAGAGUAGGCCUGGGUAUUUUAUCCCAUAGCCGAAUCCGAACCUAUCGGAAAACUUGAACUGAAGUGAUAAAAU